CUUUUUCAUAAAAUAAUUUAAUUUAUGGCACAAGAAACAGUUGAUUUGUGUUGCAAUAUAAGCUUUGAAAUUGAUAUACAUCCACUUGUGAUAAUCUAAAUAUUAGACUUACAUUAUAGAAAAUUUGGUGCUUCUAGAUAGGAAGAGACGAUUGUAGGUGGUGCAUUAUUAGGAACAGUCUAUACUAAUAAGAUUCAUAUCACAGAAUGUUUUGCACUAUUAGUCGAUCCAGGAGAUGAAAUCAAUGUAUUUUUUGAAUCUUUCUUUUAGUAGUACACAUUUGAUUUUGGUGAUGCAAAAGAUUUAUAUCUAAGCCAUAUAUAAGCAAACCCAUAAGAAGUCUUAUUAGGUGGGUUUGUUACAACUAAAAAUUUAUCAUUAGAUAUAGGUGUUGCUUAUCUUUCAACUGAGUUUAGUAAAAAGGAGAAUGGCUUUAAUGCUACAGCGGUAUUAGGCUAGCCAAUAAUUCUCAAAGUUAAUCCAACAUUAAAUUCAGGCAAAAUCGAAAUGAAAGUAUUUUUUUCAAGUAUUCAGGCAUUUAAACUUAAUCAAUCACUAAAGCAUUAUGCAGCUGUUGCUUCCUUUAAUACAAUGCCAAUUAAGAUUUCCUUUUCAGAUGAAAAUUUGUAAUAAGUCUGGCCAUUUUUAGCCCCUAAUUUAUUAUAAAAAGAUUUUAAAAUAGUAAAUACAGCUAAUCCUUCUUAGCUUGUCUCUGAUAACAUAAAAAAUCUAGAAAAAAUACUUUCCUAUUUGGAAAAAGUUAUUGUAAGAAAUUUUUUAUCCUAGGCUGGUAAUGAAGUAGGAGAUUAAGAAUUUGGAAGAAAACUCUUAUCUACUUUGAAUCAAAUAGAUUUAAUUAAAAAUGAGUCAGAAGUUCUAUUAAGUCAGGUUGAAGAAGCUUCAUUAUUUUAAUAUAUUGGAAAUUUUGCUUAAGGACAAGCAUUUAUUAAUGAAAAAAUUUAAAAGAUGUGAUAUGAUAUUUUUAUAUAAAU